UGAUCCAUUUAUGGUCAUUCACAUUCCCAAUCACCUCACUAGCCAACUCACUAGUGGUCAAGCAACAUGAAGACUGCUCUUCUUCUCUUUGGACUUUUAGUUGCUGUCCUUCAUGCUAGCCCCAUCAUUAGGAAACCUCUCAUUGAUUUGAAACCUGCUCUUACUCUCCCUUCCCUUCAAGACAGUCCCUUAGGAGACAUAUGGACUGAUUGCUCUAGUGCCAGUGACCCUGCUAAGAUCAAGAGUGUUGUCAUCAAUCCUGAUCCACCACAAAGAGGACAGUCACUCAGCGUCAAUGCCACAGUUACUCUAAGUGAACAGGUUACUGGUGGUAGCAUUAAGGUUGAUAUCAAAUAUGGAAUUUUCAGUAUUACAUUGAUUGAUAAGACACUUGACCUCUGUGAUACCGUAAAAAGUGCUGGCGCCACUUGCCCUCUUGCUGCUGGAGACCAAAACUUGGCUAUCAGUGAAAGCUUGCCUAGUGUAGCUCCAUCAGGAGAAUACAAAGGUAAUGCUGUGGUGACUGAUCAGAGUGGAAAUCAGCUUGUCUGUAUCAACCUGGACUUCAAGCUUUAAGUUGGGCCAGAGUAUCCAGCUGAACUAUGUGCUUUUGCUAUUAUUGUAAUUGACUGUUGCUUCAAAGGAUGCUAAAUUUGCUUUAAUUGAUUAUAGCAACGAAACUA